AACUGCAGCGGCGGCUCAAAGCCCGGAUGGAGCAGCCAUUGGGGAAGUGUACAGGGCUUUAACGUAACCGAGGAGGGCUAUCUCUUUCUCUCUCUCUCUCUCUCUCUCUCUGGAAUAAUAAAGACAAAGUAAAAGGCGGCCGAGGAUAGAAAUAUUCAAGAUCCGACAGAUCCACUCGGCGACACUUAACGUUAACUUGAAUACCUGCAUUAAGGACUUGACUCGGUUCGGGCACAGUAUCCGAGGCGACAGACUUGAACUGUGGAAGUUGGGAUACGUGCUACACAGCGGAAAAUAUACAGCUGAGCCUGCGCUACAACUACUAGCCCUCACGCUAAGUGGCACAACUAGCCACACAGCUAACUGUAACACAGCUGUGAACUUGCUUUCAAAUCACGGGGGCUUGAAAAUCCAGUCACAAGCCCAGGCUCUGUGAGAAUCCAGGGACUUGCUUAAUGAAUUAUGUCUGCCACAAGCAUUGACCCUCAGAGAUCAAAGGGACAAGCAUCUAAAGUGCAAAAUGGUUCACUACAUCAGAAGGAGACUGUCCAUGACAAUGACUUUGAGCCAUACCUCACUGGUCAAUCAACUCAGAACAACAGCUACCAGUCCAUCACCGACCCCUACCUGUCCAGCUACUACGCCCCCUCCAUUGGAUUUCCAUACCCCCUCAGUGAGGCUCCCUGGUCCACAGGUGGGGACCCCCCUAUUCCAUACCUGACUCCCUAUGGACCCUUGAGUAAUGGAGACCAUCACUUCAUGCCAGACACAGUGUUUGGCCAGCCGGGGGGCCUGGGAAGCAGCAUCUACCCUCACAGGUUUAACUUUUUCCCUGAAAACCCUGCCUUCUCUGCUUGGGGCACAAGUGGCUCCCAGGGCCAGCAGACUCAAAGUUCAGCUUACGGUGGCAGCUACAGCUAUCCUCCCAGCUCCCUGGGGGGCACCCUGGUGCCUGAUGGUCAGACAGGCUUUCACAGUGACACCCUCAACAAAGCCCCUGGUAUGAACAGCCUCGAGCAGGGGAUGGUUGGUUUGAAGAUCGGAGGGGAUGUCACUGGCCAGGGGUCAGGAGUCAAGGCUGUGGGAUCUGUGAUUGGUGGACCUGCGGUGGCAGCCACAGGGAACGGAGCCACACCUAUUGGAAUGCCUCCACCCAAACCCACCUCCUGGGCUGCUAUUGCCAGCAAGCCUGCCAAGCCGCAGCAGCUGAAAGCUAAAGUGAAACCAGGGAUGCCCAAUCCAGGGGGGGCUCUUCCCCCUCCACCCAUCAAACACAACAUGAACAUUGGGACCUGGGACAAGGGCCCAGUGACUAAAGUAGCCACAGCUCCACUGCAGCAACAGCAACAGCCUCUUGGCCUGCCUCAUGGUUUGCCACCUCAAGGCCCAAUGCAGCAAGGACACAUGCAGCCCCCCCCUCCCCAGUCUAUGGUGCAGCCCCAAAUGCAGCCUAUGGCCUUACAGCCCCAGCCCCCCCAUCACCAGCACCAGCACCAGCACCAUCAGCCACCACCUCAGCCCUACCAAAACCACCACGCCCAGCCUCCACAACCCCAGACCCGCUGGGUUGCCCCACGCAACCGUAACCAAGGCUACGGGCAGGGUGGCCCUGGCCAAGAUGGUAGUGGUAUGAUGGGUAUGGUUGGUGGUGGGAACAGUGGACCCCAAACUUCUGCCAGCCAGGGACCUGGUGCGGAGUCCCACCCAGUGCUGGACAAGCUGCGUGCCUCCCAUAGCUACAACCCCAAGGACUUUGAAUGGAACCUGAAGAAUGGUCGUGUUUUCAUCAUUAAGAGCUACUCCGAGGACGAUAUCCAUCGCUCCAUCAAGUACUCCAUCUGGUGCAGCACAGAGCACGGCAACAAGCGGCUGGACUCGGCCUUCCGGGCCAUGAAUGCUAAAGGCCCCGUGUAUCUGCUGUUCAGUGUCAAUGGCAGUGGUCAUUUCUGCGGUGUGGCAGAGAUGCGUUCACCAGUGGACUAUGGCACCAGUGCUGGUGUUUGGGCACAGGACAAGUGGAAGGGCAAGUUUGACGUGGACUGGUUGUUUGUAAAGGAUGUGCCUAAUAGCCAGCUGCGCCACAUCCGCCUGGAGAACAACGACAACAAGCCAGUGACCAACUCCCGUGACACCCAGGAGGUUCCUCUGGAGAAGGCAAAACAGGUGCUCAAGAUCAUCGCCACCUACAAACACACCACCUCCAUCUUUGAUGACUUCUCCCAUUAUGAGAAGAGGCAGGAAGAAGAGGAGGAGGUGCGCAAGGUAGACUUUUGAACCUCCUCAGAUACAGAACCGCUCUCGGUUGGAUCAGGAGCGACAAAACAGGAAUAAACAAUAGAAGACAUUUAUCCUUGGCUUGAUCAACAGUUACACUAGGACUUUUGAUUUAAGAGACAGAAGAAUAUGAAAAUGCAACCAAGCCCUUCAUUUUUUUUCUAUUUAAUCCUGGUGAAUCUCUGCCAUUGUCGAGACUUGUGCUUUUUUUGCCCCAUGUACCACCCACUUCUUGUGCAGGGAUAACAAGCUGAUUUAAUGUAUUACCUAGCCACCACCUCACUCUUUAGUUCAGGUUUUUUUUUUUUUUAUAUUUUUCUUCCCGUUCCAUCUCGUACUCUUCUCUCACCAGACUGGUUUUCUCUCUCCUGCCCCCCACCCCCUCCUCUUUCCAAUUGAAUCAGGGUUUGACUGCACCAUGGAGAAAAAAAAUCUGCCACUUUAUAUUUCAGUACAAUCAGGAACAGAUGUGUCCUGCCCCUGUUUGUCCAUUUGGGGGCAACAUUGCCAUGCUUCAGAGGUUUAACUGUGCCAACAGGGUUGGAGGAUCCCAAAGGCAAUGUCGGACUUGGAGCUGUGCGAUAAUAAAACUUCAAUGGUUUAUCUAUUUUUCAUUCAGAUCGACAAAAUCUCUAUUUUUUGGCUUACUACUGACAAUUUUCAUUUCAGAAACCUGUUUUCUGGAGCCUUAAUGUUUUUUUUCUAAUUAUUGGUGACUUCUCAAAAGAACUGCUCAAACAGUGACGCUGCUGGAGAAAUCAGGGAUAGUGUGAAGUCACACGGGACUCGAGACAUUUCUGAGGAGGAAUUGCAAAGGCCUCUGGGAAAGAAAUAACGGAUGUGUCCUCCACAACCAGAACUCUCACCAUUUAAGUCAAAAAUUGUACUAUUGACAUCUUUCACACCCCUCUGCUUUGCUUUCUUUUGAUGUUCGUCUUGAAGGGGUCUUUUGUAUGUUUCAUCAGGAGAUUCUGCUUGUGUACGCAACCCAGUCUGAGAGAAUUGUCGCAUCCACCAUUUUAAAUUGUUUUAUAAUCAGAAUUAUGUAAUGAUGUAACUACUACAUUGAAUGAAUUGUUGCUUUUGCAUUUUCACAAAAUGGGGGGGAGGGUUCACGUAUUUGUCCAUUCACCAUCAUUCUGUCUUAAUCCUCUGUUUUUUGUUUUUGUUUUCCUUGAAUUUGGUUUUGCUAAGUCUAUCAUGUUGGUCGUAAUGCUAAGCUUUAAUGUAGGAGCCUAUAUAUUCAUGGAGAAAGCCUAAAAAUGUAUAACCUAAAAAAUUAAUGUAACUGAUUUACUAUCAAGUAAGAAAAAAAUAAGAAUGAAAUGUGGUUUCUGUGUGUUUUUUGGUUGUUGCAAAAAUAGUUUGUUCUAGACUGAAACCAUUGAUUAUGAUACAGUGAAGUACUUUCAGGUAUGUUAAUGGGAAAAAAUUUGGAUAUUUAAAAAAAAAAAAACCCAUCACUAUUAGAUGUGUGACCAUGCCGUGGCAAGCUACAAUAUAGGAAACCUGCUAGAAAUGACACAUCCUGCAGCUUGUCUGUGAGGUGAGAGGUGAUGUUGUUUAGUCAAUGAUCCUUUAAAGGAAGAUGUCCCCCUGUUCUCAUGUCAGUCACUUCAGAGCAUUCAAAGCCAAAGUGUGGUUUAUUUGUCAGUGAUUGUUUAAGAUCAGCAGGUUCUCUCUCCUCUUCUCCUCUUGAUUAGUUUGAAACUGUCGCUUCAAUAUUGUGUGGAUUUUCAGGUUACCAUGACGCAGAGAGGAACGCUGCUAACAGCCACAGCUGUCUCUUUGAUGUAGAGGGACCUUUUCUCGUUUUGACAUGUUUGUGUAUUUGUGUGAGAGUCCAAAUCUUGCUUCAUGGUAACCUGAAUCAAAUAUUCAGAUCCCAAAUCCCAAUUUUUCUGUUUGAAAUAUUUGAACUAAAACAGAUGUUGACAGUUGCACCUGAACUCAUUCACAUUAAGAUGUUUGCUCUUUUCAGAUUCUGUGUACGCUAUAUGAUCUAUUUUGGUUCUGUCGCAACUUUACCCCGUUAUUACGUUAAGAUGGCAGAAGUGCUGCACUUUGCUGAGUUCACUUGAGUAUGAGUAUGAACCAUAUGCUUCACAUCCGUAUUUCCAGUUGCGUGAAGCCGCAUUGUAUUUUUUACUUGGCCAGUGUAAUCCCUUUUAAUCUAGAGAACUGACCUCUUAACAGGAUCCUUUCUUCUCCAUCUCGUCUCCUUUUUUGUGUUUUUUUUUUUUUUUAACCUGCACUAAUCAAUAGCUAGGUUGAUCCAAGCAAUAUGGUGAACGCCCUUCACAUGUUUGCCUUCACCUACACCGCUCUCUCCAACCAGCGUAGAGUCAGGGGGAGGUGAGAAGCUAAAGGAUGCCACCGAAGACUUGAGUCGCAGCCACAGCCGUCUUCGCCUCAGGAAGCAUGAACUGCUUGUGGUUACAGUGCAGGGCUUACAUGCACGUUAAUGAUAACUGUCAGACGAUGUUUGUUUGCAAUUGAGGGAUGUCAGGUUAGCCAUGAAAGUAUAUGUAUCAACACUACAAAAGGAUUAAUGACAUGAAAUAUUAAAUAAAAAUUGAUUAUCUUCUAGACCACAGUUGUAGUGGGCAUAACUUGUUCAAAAGAUCUAUCUUGGUUUUUCUUUAUAGAAAAAAAAAUCAAGCCUUAAUAAACUGUCCAUUCAGAAAUUA